AGUGGCUUUUCCAGUGGUGACGGUGGCGGCCGGCUCGCGGUCGGCGCGAUCGAGAGGUAGUGGUGUUUGGUCGAGAGGUGAACUGCAAACUGAGAAGGAUUGAUUGCUGAUCUGAGUGACCGGACUUUUCUCGGCUGAUGGCGCCGCCGCCGCUGCGGCGUUCCGGCGCCCCCCAGGUGCCGGCCCAUGCCGUCACUGAGGACACGCCGGCUGACAUGCUGACCGGACAGAUGAGCCUCAGCGUGCUGCUGCCCGACGGGCGACACUGCCGGAUGAACGUCGAUAGAGGGACGCCCAUGAUGGACCUGCUGAUCCAGGUGGCCACAGCCAAUAAGAUCAGUCCGGGCGGUCACGUGAUCCAGGUCAUCUCGGACCGCAGCCACAGCUGCCUCAGCUACAAGCCCAGCACACCGAUCGGGACUUUGGACACCACCGCUCUGCGUAUCGUGCCGAAAAACAAGAUCAACGAACUUCCCAGUCGACGGACUAAGCCGCCUCCCCAGAACCCGAUGGCCGAUGCCAAAAUUCGCAUCAAGGUAUACCUCCCGCGGAACCAGCUCUCAGCGAUGAGGGUUUCACCGAAAACGCCGCUCGCUGAGAUUCUGGAUCAGAUCUGCAAGGACAAAAACCUGGACGUCUCCCGCUACGAGCUGCGCCACCCCGUGAAUGUAGACGAGCGCCUCCGACCGAGUUGCUGCCUGGCCGACUACAAGCUGCAGGAGGUCACUGUGGUGCCUCUCAACAGUCGCACCAACACGGUUUUGUCCUCAGCAGACAUUAUCGCCAUGCAGAAGAAAUCUGAUGGGAAACGUAAAAUCUUCGCCAUCUUUGGCAAAAAGAGCAAACCGUCUGUGAUCGAGAGCACUGCCUCCUCGGACAGCCUCGGGGAGCGGUCCGUGUCACCAGACGGCUCGGACGAGUCGGCCGACCGACCGCGCUCACUCAGUCCCCAGCCGCCUCAGGUCAUCCAGGCGCCGCCGCGGGCCAAGAAAAGGGCCGCUCCCAAACCACCGCAAAUCAAUGGGUCGGGUACCGGUCGUGGCGGCCCGCCGCCGGCAGCCGCCCCCGCCCCCGCCCCCGCCCCCGCCCCCGCCCCGGUGGCCGCCCGACCGCCCAGCGAGCUGUCUGAGGGAGCCGAGUCGGUGGAGUCUCGACAUAGCUCCGACAGCUCCGGAUACCACGAGGCCGGGCUCAGCGACGCCCCCGACAGUCCAACGGAGCGCGCGCCCGUGUCUACACAGCCGCCCUCCAACCUGGGCUCAGUCACAUCGUACUCGACAUCGAACCUGGUCACCUCCAACCUGACCCAGGUCAACUCAACAUCGACCGUCUCCCUGUCAUCGGCCAUUCGGAAGCGCCGGGCGCCACCGCCUCCGGCCAUCCCGCGCAUCGCCGAGGACCCCCAGUCGCCCCCGCCGCGACCGACGCCCGCCGCCGCCCCCGCCGCAGCCACAGCCUCCGUAGCCAGUCAACCCGUAGAGCAGCAGCCCCGGCAGUCAGAGGAGGUCGAGCCGUCGCCGGGGUCGCCCAGGUCGUCCGCCUCCAGCCCGGAGCGGACACGGCUCAAGGCGCCGCUGCGACAGGACUCGGGCACCUCAUCUACGGAGACACUGACAGCUGAGAGCGCGGCCGGCUCCGACCCGGCCCCGGCCCCGGCCCCGGCCCCGGCCCCGGCCCCGGCCCCGGCCCCGGCUCCGGUGGAGGAGGCUGGUAGGAAGGAGGAUCCAGCACCGGCGGCAGACAGCGCGCGGACGGAAACGGUGGAGACGGAACAGACCAGCAGCGGAGCUACGACGGUAGAGAGGAGCGUGGACCAUCCGUCACCCUCACCGAAAAAUGAACCUGAAACAACAGAAGACGAUACGAAGACUGAACUCGAAACUCCAACUCCGCCGAGUGAGGUUGUUGAAGAGAAAUCCUUGUCAAAUACCUUGUCAGAACCCCCAGCUGUGGUUACACCUGAGCCUGAGCAACCGACAGUUCCGGAGCCUCCCCCAACUCAAGUGACCCCUUCUGCGACUCCAGCGGCAGCCCCGAGCUCUGAGAGCGAGCCGGAGCCAGUCGUCCAGUCACCAUCUCCCAGCCUAACGCCGGCUCCAGCGACCGAACCUAUACAGACCACGGAGCGUGCCGAAACCGCUACACCUCCACUUACUGUCGAAGAGUCCCUGCCCCAGGAGGUCGUACCCGCCGUCCGUGAUACCCCUCACACCGAGACUGCUGCUCCAACAGUCACUGAGAUCUCAGCUCCAGUCGUAUUGGAAGCUCCGGCUGCUUCUGUACGGGCUGCGGAAGCUUCUGAGACACCGGCCACUCCGGCUGUCGAGGCUGAAACUCUGCCGGUUGAGUCGCGUCAGAAAGAAUCAAUCCCUACUCCGGCAGCUCAGUCGGAGUCGGAGAUGAGAUCUCCGGAGCCAGCCCAAACAACCGAGCUUUCGGAGGAGGACGAUGAGACUGCGCUGCUUCAGCGAGAAGUGGACUCUGCUCUGUCAUGUCUGGACCUGGACCUCGACGAAGCAUUGGCGGAGACAGCUGCUUUCACAGAGAGUAGCAGUCUUCAGACGCAGAGCCGUCUUCCGCCGACAGAGACGGAGACGACGGAGACAGAGACAGAGACGGGGACGGAGACAAGUCAGGAGACUGAGGCGGAGACGCUGCCAGUGGUGGUCCGAGAGACGGCAAAGGCCACGCCGGAGACGCCGGAGCCGGAGCAGCCACAGAGAACGGUUCUAACCUCCCGACAAACUGUACAGGAGACCCGAGAGGUGAUCGAAACACUGUUACCGGUGGCGCGUAUGACGGAAUUCGAGGCGGUACCGUCCCCUACGCUCCCCUCGGCGACGGUGAGAACACAGAGUGAGGAAGUGAUCACUGUUACAGAACGUCAGACGACAGCGCCAUCUACUGAGACGACCAGAGAACCCGCGGCGCCGCAGCCGACCCAGACGGCGAGAGUCGCCGAGAGGACUGAACAGAGUGUGGAGUCGGUGGCGGCCAAACGACGCACGCCGAAACUGGGCGCCACCAGCCGUCAGUAUCCGGUGGAAGUGGAGGAGGAAGUCGUCGUGGAGCGGGUGGAGAAGGUGCAGCGGAACAGGAUGACCCCCAAGGACAUCAAGCUGCACAUUGAGCGGAAGCUGGCCUCGUUUGAUCAGCCUCCGCGCUCUCCGUCCCAGCCGAGUCAGCUGAUCAGUCCCCCGACCUCCGCUCCUGCCGCUGGCGGCGCCGACUCUCCGGACUGGCAGUACCGGCUGCCGGAACCACCCACACCCUUCCAAGACCCCACGACCUCCGCUGGUCGCACUGCACCCUUGGAGGCUCCGCUGGAGUUCCAGGACAACAUGACGGUCACCUCCAGCGAGCCCAGUGAAGCUGGAGAGUUCGCGGAGGCUACAAAUGCUUCACUAGUCGAGCGGGUCGGCCGCUCUGACCCGGCCCGACCGGCCACCGACCAAUCAGAGGCCACUCCGGCAAGCAGCAGCCAAUCAGAGGCCGCCCCGGCCAGCCGCGACCAAUGGGACGGCGGCCGGUCCGAGCGGCCCGCCAAACCCGAGAGGCGCCGCUCCAGCGAGCGGCUCGCGCGUCAGAUGAGCUUCUCGAUCGGAGCGUACAGUCAACGGGAGCCGACGGGGACGGAGGGUGGUGGAUCUGCCAGCCGGCCGCAGAGGGCCGACUCGUUCCACUGUCAGAAAACCACCGCCGGCAGCGCGUCUCAGGUGACCUCCGGUGCCGACCCCGCCGCCGAUCCGGCCGGCCCGGAGAUGACCGCGCGGCGGCCCGUCAGCCGGCGGCGCAGCUCGGACGCCGCGGCCGGGUCACGGGGUCAGAGGUCAGCCGAGACGGACCGACCCGCGGCCGCCGAGCCCGUCCGGCCGCCCAGGAAGUACGAGCUGAAGUUCAACAACUCUAAGUCGUACUCCAUGCUGAACCUGAGUAAUGGUGGUCUGACCAUGCCUGCCGAGCGACCGUCACCAAACAUGAACAAAACGCAGAGCCAAACCGAUCUAGCAAUGGAGAGCGAGGUGAGCGACAUCCAGUCUGAGUUCCUGAAGCUGCAGCGCCAGUUCCUGCACUGGCAGCAGCAGCUGCUGCAGAAUCAGUCGAUCUUACAGACCAAGGUGGCCCCGCUGGCCGCCCGGCCGUCGGCUGCCGCCAGUCUGCAGAGUCUGGAGGUACGCAGGCCGUCCGAGCCCCUGCCACCUCCGCCAGUCUGUGUGGAGAGCGUGGCGAGACGGCGGCCGUCGGCACAGGACGAGUCCCCCCGCCGCCGACGGCAGGCGCCGACACCGCCGACACCGAUACCGCCACCGCCAACAGCGGCGACACCAGUGUCACCUCCGGCACCGGUGACAGCGGCGACACCAGUGUCACCACCGGCACCCGUGACACCGGCUGACCCGCCGGAGGGUCGCGACACGCCUCCUCCGGCUGUGACCCCACCGGAGGAGUUCAGCUCGCCUUCCCCUGCUCCGCCGGCGGAGCCUAGCACGUCUUUCUCUCCAGUUCUUCAGAGCACGUCUUCGCCUUCUAUCUCGGCACCGCUGUCCGGCGCCGUCUGUGGCCCGCCUGCGACUCUCAGCUCGUCUUUGACUGUCUCUCUAUCACCCAGCACGUCUUCCGUCCUUCCCGUGGAUCAGAGCACGACUCCACAGGUCCAGAGCACGCCGCCCGUGGUCCGGAGCCCGCCGCUGGCCGUGCACAGCACGCCUCUGGCCUCUGUGGCCGCCGUGCGGGCCAGCCGGCCGACCGGGCGCCGACGCACGCCGCCGCCGGUUCCGGCUAAACUGAGCCCUCAGCAACUGGCCAGUCGUCGCAGACAGGUGAUUGAGGAGCUGCGCCGCCGAGUCCCGGAACAGGAGGACAGCCCGGACCCACCGGCCGACUACUCUGGACGCUCCCAGUCUCUGCCGCGGGGCUCCAGUCUCCAGCACCCCAAACUGAGCCUGGCUGCCGAGCAGCGGCGCUCCGAGCCGGAGCCGCAGCCGGAGAGGGAGCCGGAGCCGGAGCGGAGCACCGCCCGAACCAGGGAGCGGGAGAGGACCCCGCCCCGGCAGCGUGCCUCCACACUGGAGAGAAGGCAGGAGUCGGAGCCGGAGCCGACCCGGCAGAGGGCGUCCACGCUGGAAAGGAGGCCCUCAGAGACCAGAGCUGAGAAGCGAGUGCCGUGGUCACCUCCGAAGGUAGCGCUUGGCACAUGGGCGGAGCAGUCCCGACAGAGUCAGGUGCAGCUGAAGGAGGACCGCGACUACGUGCUGCGCCAGGGCCCGCCGCCGCAGUCUCAGCAGGCGGCACCUGAGCCGACCUCUGAGCAGGCUGCCCGCCGGCCGACGGCCGUCUCCGUCCGGCCCAGUAAGAGCGUUACGGUCACCUCUCUGGGAGCGCCCCCGCCGCCGGUGGGGGUCCCGCUGCCUCAACCGGCGCCGCAGCCAGUCAACGGCCAGCAGAGGCUCUCGGCAGUAGCCAAGGUGCGACACAACGAGUCUGUACCUGCUCCGACGGCCGUCCUGUCGUCAGCGGUGCGAGGACCCUCGACCCGCCAGCCGCCAGCGUUCUCCAUCUCAGACUCUAAACCGUCUCAGCCGGGCCGCGGUGUGGCGGCGGCGGCGGCGGCCGGCCGGUUCACCUCAGUCGUAUCGCUGACUGAUGAGCCUCGCCAGCCGCUCUCAGUCUCAGUCCAGGUGUCCAAGACGGCUGCCCGGGUGGGCGCAGCGACUGCUGCGGCGCGGCCCGCUGAGUCGACCACAGUCACCUGCCGCGUGUCGCCGCCCGACCAGACUGCAGCACAGCCGAGGACGGUGCCCAGUGUGGUGAGCGUGACGAGGAAGGACUCUGCCACCUCCACGGAGCUGUCGGCCCGACAGGCGGCGUCGGAGGUGUCUCGCAGGAGCCGGAACCAGCCAGUCGUCAAAGGUUUCCGUCAGCCGGAGGUGCCGGCACCGGUGCCGCCCCCGCCGCCGCCGCCGGCUCCGGUGCUACCGCCGGCGUCCGAGGCAGCAGCGGGCCGCGCACGUCUCAAACCUGUCUCGGCCGGCCGGCCAGUGGUCCCCAAACUGGACCCUCGAGAGGAGUUGAUGAUCGCCAUCCGGGAACACGGCGGACUGAAGAAACGGGGCGGCGUGCGACCGUGAUUGGCAGACUGGAUCAGAGUGCAAUACCCGUAUAGUGGGUGAGAGGCCGGCUGUCUGUCCGGCCGGUCAGUGCCUUCACGGACGUCCCGCCGGAGCUGGGAGCGGUCAGCACGGUCUGCUGGGACAGCCGAGUGCCGGCACCGGCGUCCCGUGUCCGACUGAAGUUCGACCGAAGUUCCAGAGCGCUAUCCGCAGGCCGGAGCGGCCGCCACGGCAGCUGAACAGUGAACACUGAACAUGUACCCGCCUGACUCCGAGUCCGAGUCCGAGUCCGGUGACUCCGCGCGCCUCUGAGUCGCUGGAGGCCCGCCGUGAUCACCAACGGACCCGUGUCGCGCGCGCAGCUCAUUUUAGAGCUGCCAGUUAUCGCCCCAUGUAGUCUGCCACGACCGCCGCCGAGCGCCUUCAGCCGCUAUGUCCCGAUAUAUACCGGUGCUGUGAAGCGCCGAGCGCGGUCAGUUCGAGUCGCGGCCGCCAGGUGUCGGCCCUGCGCCGCUGCUUUCCGCCGCCGCCGCCAGGGGCGCCACCGUCGCCGGCGGCCGCGGCCUUCAGUGCUCACAUAUUUUAUGUAACGGUCGCGUCGCGCCCGCCGCCGCUGUUGCCGCUGCUGCUGAUACAUUUCGAGGCCGUACUUAUGUUUAUGUGAUACGUGAGCGAGUGCGUGGGUGUGCGUGUCGAGUGUAGCCCGUUGGCCGUGUGUUUUGGUAAGGCGCCGGGGCCGGCUUGGGAAUGGUUCACCCUCGACCACCCCUCUCCGCGGCCCCGGCGCCAUAACCCUGUUAUACUACCACUAAUCCAGUGUUAUUAUUGAAAUGUAUAUGCGACAAGCCAUAAUAAAUAUAUUGCAAUGAUUGAAUAA